CCUUCUUCUUUCUCUGGUGCAACAAAAUAAAAGUUAUGAGAGAGAAGGAGAGAAAAAACAAAAACCCACAUAAAUAAUUUUCACUCCAUCCUUCUCUCUUCUUCUAUUCUGCCUUUCUUCGUAUCUCUGUUAUUGUUGUUCUUGUUUGGUGUACAAAGUUUUUGGGGUUUUGCAGUUUGCACAAGCAUCACACACACACACACACACAAAGUUUUCUUCUCUGAAAUCUGAGCUUCAAAGAUCACUUUCCUUUUCCUUCCGUCUUUCUACUUGUUGCUUCUGGGUAUCAUCCUCUACCUAUCAAAUCUGUUUUAUAGGGUGUGAGAGGGAGAGAGUGGGUGAUCUUGGCUUGCACCGAUGAGGAUCCGGAAAAGACAGGUGCCGUUUCCGCUCUCGUCUCUUUCUCCGGUGCCUUUAUCCUCAGAUCCCCACCGCCUCCUGAUCAGCCGGCCGGCACCGGUGGUGCAACUGCACGGGAACUCAGCUGAAGUAGCUGAGACAAUCGCCGACCUCCUCCCUGGCCAGCCCCCAGGUGACACUCAUCCGCCCAAUCACCCGAUCGGCGGUGGACCUGACAGCCGCUCUGAUGCUCAGAAGGAUAAGGACAAGAACGAGGGUUCUUUGGUUUUGCUGCAGAAGAUUAAAACGGCGCAGGAAGAUCCGAAGGAUCAGCAAAGAGGUGAAGAAGAAGAAGAUGAAGAAGAAGGGAGUAAACAGACCAGGAAGAAAUCCAAUCUGGGUGUUGCAGAAGUUAUGAAUUCUGGGUUUCUUCCUCAGUCAAGCUCUCUACAAGAAUCUGUUGAAAGAUGGUGUGAGGAGGAGAAAGCGUUUCCAUUGAAGAAAAGAAGAGGGAGUUUCGAGGUCUCCAUAAUGGAGAAAGAUGACAAGAAGGUGACGAACGUGAGGAUGAAGACGAAGAUGAACAAGAAAUGUACUGUGCAGGGGCAAAACGGUGCCGUUUUGGUAAUUGAUCAGAAAGAAAGAAAAGAGCUUCUGGGUGAACUGAUAACUGAUACCGCAGGCAGUAAUAGUAAUAAUAAUACAGCUGUCACUGGUACUGGUACAAAGAAGAGAGCUCGGGGUGGUGCGUUAAUGGAGGGUUCGAGGUGCAGUCGUGUUAAUGGAAGAGGAUGGAGGUGUUGCCAACAAACCCUCGUGGGUUAUUCCCUCUGCGAGCAUCACCUCGGUAAAGGCCGCCUCCGGAGCAUGACCAGUGUUCGCAGCCGGUCUUUAGCGACUAACGAUAAUAUUUCACGGAAGAAGAAAGAGGCGCCGCCAUUGCUGUUGAGCUCUUCAUCUUCGCUGGUUGACGAGAACGGUGCAGGCGGUGAUGAUGGGAAGGAUGAAGAAGAGGAUGAUGAGAAGCCAUUGAUGAGGUCGAAGAAGAGAAUGAAGCUUGGAAUGGUGAAAGCUCGAUCAAUAAGCAGCUUGCUGGGCCAACCAGUUGCAGUACUUGGUGAGGAUGAUAAGUAGAGAUGGAGCAUGUGAUAAUAUGCAGGAAGAAGAUGAUGUGAUGAUUAUCAUAAGCAACUUAGUUAAUAUAAUAAUUAAUAUAUUUAAUAUGAAAUUUGUGUGUUUUCAUGAUCUUUUCUUCAUCUUUCUCCCCAUUUUUCUUUUUGGUUCUUGUUUCAGAUGCUUCAUGAAUUACUGUUCUAUACUGAAGAACGUCUCUCUCUCUCUCUCUAUAUAUAUAUAUAUAUGUACGUGUUUGUGUAUAUGUAAGUGUUUUUUGCUGGAUAA